AUGACAAUGCCAUACCCACUAUGUGUCUUCAUCGAGAGUCGUGAACAAGGAAAAUUAUCUGCUGGUCAUCCCUUCUGUCACAUUGUGAGGGAGACUGUCCAGAACGUUGUAUUAUCCCACCCUAUCUUGCAUCAUAUGGCGAGGAACACUCUUGAAAACCCCGACGAAGCUGCGGAGAAGCAAAGGGUUGAGGAGAUCAUCGAAUAUCUGAAAAACACUUGCCCUACAAUUUCUGGUAGUGACUCUCCCGCGACAAAUUCAACAUUUGUUGAUGUCCGUGCAUACACGGGCUGUGGUAAGGAUAUGAAGAGCAGGAAGAUUGCUCGAAAAUAUAUUUAUAUCCAGAAACGGCUAAUUGACGAAUGGAUGAAAGUAUCCGCCAACAAGCGGAUUUUUCUCGUUCUCACUAUCUUCAUGAAGCUUUGCUUGAUACGUGGACUCGUCGCUGCCGUUAAACUUUCAUUCGCUUCAGAAGACGUGAAUGUGAAGGACGAAGCUCACGGUUCUCCAUAUUACGGUUGGCCCCGUCUUGAACCACUGGCUACUGCAGAUUUGACAGCAUUGGACGCCGAACUCAACUGCACCCCUUACAAUGUGUUCCAACCGCACUGUCUACGAAUGUGGGAUUCCCCAAUAGACCCCGAAGCUCGAAAGAUAGAGACGAAAUAGGAAAAAUGCAGAUUAUUGGUGGUACAUGCUCAGGCUGUGUCGCUUGAGGGCAAAACUUACUCGAUAAGACCAUAAUCUUCUGUUUUGAUUGAUUGUUGUACUUUCUAUGCACAAUGGGAGUAGCUAUUGAAGAUCGAAAAACCACUCUGAAGGAAAUAGCGAGUGCGAUGGAUGCGGUUGAUAACCCUAAGUUGACGAGGAUGACCACGAAUUUCAGCGUGUCGAAGACUUCGAUCGUAGGUUCGCUCUGCAGCGGACUGGCAGAGGUACGCCUCACACUACCAGAGCCUUUGUGACUUGUUGGGGACACUGGGGUCCCUUGUCCGUGAGGGCCGAAGAGACCAAGUAAUAUGGAUGCUCAUGCCUCAUGUCGGAUUCCGUGGUGUUAGAACAGCGAUAAGUCGCAGGCGGGGGCAGACAUGAG